AUGCCGCAAAGAGAUGCAGCCAGCAAGAAGUUCGCAGAGGUAGUGCAGGAGAUCGGCAGAAAAUCCAGUCAGCCACAUGACUCUGACGCAGACAAGACCUGGUUUGCCGAGAUUGCUAGAGGUGCUACAAGCAAAGACGCCUUGGAUCAAUCCCAUUCGCUGGAUGACAUGGAUGCUGUCAUUCGUCUUGUGAUCCGCAGUGCACAACGACAUGGUAACAGUCUCCGUGCGAAGGAUUGCUUGGAGAAGAUCUUGGCAAGCAGUCAAUGGGCGGAAGCGGCUUGUCGUGCUGGGGAUGUCGACUCCGAUAUCCAUGCGCUGGUGGGUCCUCGGGCUCAGGAGGACGAAGGCAGUCGUUCAGAAGCCAUUUCGACAACGAGGUGCAGGUUUGCCGCACUUACACGGGAGAUUGGCGAGAAUUUCAAUCACACGGACGAUCAAAGUCGCGAAUAUGUCCAACAAGAGACGUGCUGGUUUGACCGAAUCAGGUGCCUCAUCUCUCAGGAGGAGGUUUUGGAGGUUGACUGCUCUCCCAUGGCGAUGGCAGCCACGAUUCGUGUCGUACUCCGCAGAAAGGACACCAAUAUGAAAGACCGCGCUCGUCACUGUUUACAAUGGAUGUUGAGCAGCAGGCAGUGGGCAGAUAUCAUUUCUGGGGAUCGUGAUCUGGAACGUAUGGUCGAGGAGCUGCUGGCAUCCGACAUGCAGCGAGGGAGCUCGCGCAACAGGUGCCGGAGAAGCUGCUUGCGGAGGUUUGCGAUCCUGCUUUUGGCUUGCUGGGCGUGUGGGGCCCUGAUAUUGGCUUGCUUGGCAUGCGGGUGGGGCGUCAACGUUGCCGUGGACCCACUCGUUCAGUGCCAGUUCGAUAUUGCAUGCCACCAGCGGAUGUUCCAGAACGUAGUUGUGGUCUGCAUCAAGAAGUAUGGGCUGCCACCGUCUCUCUCCUGCUUCGGAGAACAGUUCACACGGGAAGUCACGAAGACAGGUGUGGAGCAUGAGAACAUCCUCAAGAAGUGUGGGCUUGAAAGCCUGAGCUGCUACAAGGAGCGAUGCGACGUCAGCUCGCGAUGUUGGCUUUGGGGUCCUGAGCCCGGCUGGCUUUCUGGUCACAAUGUUUCUCAAAACCCCACUCACCAUGAGAGAAUCCGCCUGGAGCGUCGACCGUUGGCUUCCAACAUGCGAGAGGACUUUCUGAAAAUAUCAGGAAACUUGCACAGGCCCAGUGUCGCCGAUUUCCCUGGCAUGCUUCAGCAAAAUGAGGAUGCAAAGGUUAUCCUGGGACUGCUUUACAGAUCUGAAGAGCAAGAGGUGCACAAAAAUGCAUUCGUUGCCAAGCAGGUCCAGAGCCUGGACAAGAACGGUGAUGGUCAUGUGACCGUAGAUGAAUACCAGAAGUUUAUCGAUGAUCUUGCCAAGAAGCACCCAAAACUGUUUGCCUCAAGGCAACCCGUUGUGUUCAUGGGAAACCCUGGGCGAGGAAAAUCGACUCUUCUCAAUGCUCUUGCUGGCGAAGCCUUGUUUACGGCAGGCCCAUCACGCGAUGGGAAAGGCGUGACAGCGAGCUUCACAUCAAAAGAUGUUUGUCAGAGAGUGGGGGACUACGGCUUCUGGACGCUGGUUGACACACCAGGUUUAGCCGACGAAUCCUUGCGCAAUGAAGCUUCACAACAGAUCCGCCGUGCGUUGCGGAGCAGCAAGAACGAAGACGGAGAUCUUGUGCCGCAUGUCAUUGUUUUCGUUAUCACGUUGAACGAAGGUCGCAUAAUCGAAGAGGAUAAGGCAACCAUCAAGCUUAUCUUGAGAGCGGCUCGAGAGAUCACAUCCUUCGGCAUCGUCGUCAACAAAGAGUCGGCCGAGGAUCAAGCAAACUUGACGUACAUUCAGGCGCAGAUAUUGCUUGGCCUCGGAAGUGACACACGUCAUGGCUACGUUCAUUGGUUUCCAGAUGUUCAGGCAGCUAAAAAGAAGGACAAUUACAUCAUGAGUGACAACAGCAGUGAAGCUGGCAACCCGGUGACUGAGCUGUGGCGAUGGAUCGCAAGCAUUCCCGCCGUCAAAGUGAAGAACGUUGAAGAACUCAGACUCGCUGACCUGGAAGAUAUGCUACAGGAGGUUAGAAAGGAGCUGAAGCAGGCGGCACAUGACAAGCAGAUCCUCAACGAGUUCAUUAAAGACUUGAAAGAACAAAGAGAGAAAGAUGCUCGAGACAUGGAGGAGUUGAGGUCCAAGCAACAGAAAGAUGCUGAGUUCAUUCAAAAGUUGAUGUCCGAACGUAAUAAGUCGCUAGAUGAUUCAGUCAAGGGCAAGAAGUAA